GUGUAAUGAGAAAGACUAUCCUAAAAGGUUUCCUUGUUGCAGAAGUACUUGCUGUUAUUGGUAGCUAUCGUGUUUGGCAUUCUAUGAACACAAGCCAAGGUUUGAAAAUAGUAUCGUCAUUGGAUGCACAUAAAUCAUCCAUCAGUAUUAGCAGGCUUUUACAAAAGUGCAGAUUUGGUUGGUUACGGUGAAAUAAAAGAGAAGGAUUACACAGCCUGGAAUGUAAAAUAGUCAUGAUGGAUGUAGAAGAAGAUACAAAAUGUUUAGAUAAUAAUGUGAAAAAUAUGGUUAAAGGAGAGACAGAAGCCGAUAAAAAUCCAAGUUCUCAGGGACCAGAAAAAAGUGAUGUAUUCUUGAUACCUGAAGAAUCAAUUGUUGGCAACAGAGAAGCAAAAAACAAAGAAGAAGAUCAGUUUGCAAUACCAUCUCUUCCUGUUUAUAAGUUUGUGAAACCACAAUCCAAGUCAAUUGCAAAUAAUUCUAAUAAAAUUGAAGUGGAUAAAACUGAUUCGGUCGAUAAGCAGACAAAAUCAAUAACAGAAAAUAUAUGUGUGGAAAAAAAAGAUAGUAAAGAAAGUAAAGACAUUAAUAACCCUGGGUUGCAGUACACAGAGCCUGCCUGGGCUGGACCACCUGAUAAUGAAAAUAAAUAUGCCUUGACAGUGUUAAAAGAUGGUGUUGUCAAGGAUAACAUAGAUCUAUCAAGAAAAUCUUUGUUGACAUUUGGACGAUUGGAUGAUUGUGAUGUGUUAGUUGAACAUCCGUCCUGUUCUAGAUUUCAUGCAUUAUUGCAGUAUUGUGUAAUUGAAAAGGAUAAAAGGAAGAAGGGUUAUUAUUUAUUUGAUUUGGGUAGUACACAUGGAACCUAUUUGAACAAGGAAAAGCUUCGACCAAAAGUGUACACUAGAAUAAGAGUUGGUUACCAGAUAAAAUUUGGAGGAAGCACAAGACUAUAUAUUGUUGAGGGUCCAGAAGAAGAUCAAGAAGAAGAAGUAGAUUUGGAUGCGCUUCGAGAGAAGCGUAGACAAUAUGAGCAACUACAAAUGGAGAAAAAACACAAACUGAAACAAAAAAAUAAACCCAACAAAGGUGCUGCUUCUGGCAACAAGGAAAUUGAAAAAGAUGGUGAAGAUAAUAAUGAUGAUAAAGAAGACGAUGGAGCAACAUGGGGAUUUGGUGAGGAUGCACAAGAUGAAGGCUUGGACUUGAAAGAAUUGUUUGAAAAGAAAAAAAAUAUUGAAGUGAAAGAUCCCAAGAAAUCUUUAAGAGGUUUCUUUGAAAGGGAGGGUAUUGAAUUUGAAUAUGAGAUGUCGGAACGUGGAAGUGGUACUAGAACAACCCAUUUAGCUCAAGUAAGACUUCCAAUUGAGACAUCAGAAGGGAGUGAAGUUGUUGCAGAGGGAAGUGGGACGACUAAAAAAGAUGCUGUUUUAGCAUGCGCUACAGAAGCUUGUCGAUUAAUACAGGCUUAUGACAUGCUGCAAAAUCAGUGCCGAGAAGAUCAACGUGUGAAGCGUCAGCGUGAACUUGAGGCGAAUGAUUUUUAUGACUCAGAUGACGAUUCCUAUUUAGACAGAACGGGAUCAAUUGAAAAGAAAAGAUUGCAGAGGAAAGUUCGUGCUGGCCAGAAAGAAGAAAAACAAAAAGUAGAUACCCAUGAUUCUCUAAAAGAGAAAUUAAAAACUGCUGAGGAAGAAAUGGAAAGCCUGGAAAAGAAAUUACAAUUAGCUAAAGCAGCUGAAGAUGCGGCAGGCGAUGGCGACAGUUUGGAUGCAUACAUGUCUACAAUGAAACAUAGUAUGGAUAACUCCACCAAGUUAAAAGUACGACGACAACUUGUGGAAUUAAAAAAGGAAAUCACGAAUCUGAAGAAUUUGGUUGAAAAAACAAAGCCUGCUCUCCUGCCUGCUCUAAUUAACAAUACGACGUCUAAAGUUCAAGUUACACCCUUUCUUCGAACAGAUAUAACAUCUUUGAAGCAAGGUGGGCAUUCCCUGACAACAAAAAUAAAAGAACCUAUAAAUGGUAACUUAACUAUUUCCAAACAGGAUAACCCAGCAGAAAAAUCGGGAAAACAAGAUGAAAACAAAGAAGUGAAAAACUCAACUACAGAAGACAAUCACUUGGAACCUCCAUCCAAGAAAAAGAAAAAAAAGAAGAAGCGAGUAUACGGUGCGCCUAUGGAGCAAGAUACUAGUGAUGAGAUGCGAACGGGAGGAGAAAAAGAUUUUGUGGAGUGGAUGCCACCAGAAAAUCAAACAGGUGAUGGAAGGACAGCCUUGAAUGACAAGUUAGGCUACUAAUAAUACUAUCCUUAGAUGUGAUCUCAAGUGCUGGUGAAUGAUGGACUAAUAGACUUUAGUAGAACGAUCCCGUGAAUCCAAACCGGAUUAGCCAAGAUUACGAACAAAAUGAAAUCGUCAUUAAUCGUACAAAAGAACAAAUACCGUAUGAUUAAUCCCUUGUUGAAUUAACCUGACGUUAUCUGAUCAUCUUUGAAAUUCUAUUAAAACAGAAAGAAAGUUUAUUACACGUACAAUUAUCACGCUAUGGUUACUGCAUGACGCAAGAAUUUUGUGUGUUGUUAUUGUAUGACUGUUGUAAACAUCUCGAAAAAAACAAUAUACGUUAUCUAGUUAUAUUUUUUUAAAUUGGACCACGUUAAGAAGCGGCCAUGUGUAAAAAAGAAAUUUUAGACAAGCGCCCUUAUCUUGGACAAAAGGGAGUAAUUAUUCGGAAAAGCAUUCAGUAAAACUGCGGAUGUAAGUCUAGGGAUUUAGAUUUAGAUUUUGGAGGGAUAGUAACUGAAUGGAGGGAUAGUAACUGAAUGGAGGGAUAGUAACUGAAUGGAGGGAUAGUAACUGAAUGGAGGGAUAGUAACUGAAUGGAGGGAUAGUACACGCAACAAUAUUUGCGUUGAUAAUCAACUUAAUGAAUAGAGUAUCAGCAACAAUAAUAAAUCCUGAAAGUAAUCAAGCCCGUAUAAAAAUCGGUUAUCGCACAUAUUUCGGGUUUCUCCCAUUUGUGGAAUGAUGGUACAAAGUAGCGAUGCGGUUACUAUUUUGAACAUAGAUGACAGGUAUUGUUACUGUAAAGAAAUCCGUCCGUUGUGCAUAUGACACAAUUGCUGUUUCUUGCAAAAAAAGUCGCGCGAAAAUACUAACUUCUUAUUUCGUUGCAUGAAGAAUUGAUGGUCGCGGAAUUCUUUCAUUUCAACGGAUAUGCGAAAAAAUCGACUGCACAAAAACUGACUAGAUUUAAGAUUGUAAAUAAUCAAAAAAAUAAUAGGUAUGCGUAAACCCAAUAUAGCUAAACUUGUAAACGCCAAUACACCUUUCCCGAGACCAUGAGUCAUA